UGUCAAACGCGCGUGUUAGUAGAGGUUAUAUUUACGAACGAAAAAGUUUCAAAAUAUUUAUUAUUUAAAUGAAAUCAAUUUGUAAUUAGUUCUAAGAGGGUGUAAAUAAUGGAUUUUGCGAGAAAACAAUUGGAGAAAUACGGCUGGACCGAUGGCAAAGGGCUGGGUAAACAUGAGAAUGGUAUAUCGGAGGCAUUGAAGCCUAAACUGAAGCGCAGUGUGGCAGGUGUGGGACAUGAUGCGGCCGCAGAGUUUAAUGAACAUUGGUGGACCACUCUGUAUGAUAAGGCAGCUGCUAAUGUUGAGGUAAAAGAGAAAAAUGGAAAAACUAAAAAAAUCAAAACGAAAGAUGAUCAAGAAUUCGUCAUCACCAACAGUACUUGGAAACUGAAUAAACGGCCGAAGGAAGCUGAGAAUGAGGAACAGUACUCUGACUACUUCGUACGGACUGCGGUACUGACUAACGGUGCAAGUAAUGUGGAGAGAGUGAGAGAAUCUGACUCCGAGGACGAUGGAGACAAGAAAGAUGUGUUCAAGAUGACUGAUGAAGAAUUGUUUGCGAAAUGCGAAGGCCGGACUGCUCAUAAAGGUGCUCGCCAUGGCUUGAGAGCUACAGGGAAGUUAGCGAGGAUAGCGCAACAAGAGGCUCAACUCCUUUCUCAAUCAAAAUACAGUGGAUAUUCACACUUCAAGAAAUUAAACGAAGAGGUUGACAACAUAAACUUCCACAGCGAUACUGAUAGCACAGAAAUUAAAAAGAAAAAGAAGAAAAAACGUAAUCGUUGUAACAGCAACGAAAAAUCUGAUACAAGUAUCAAUAAAUGUGAAUUGGCUGAAUCAGAUGAGUUACCUUUGCCUGAUAAAAGUCAAAUGACAGAUGAAGAUAAUGUUGCCAGUGUAGAAAAUGUAGAGAAAGUUAGUAGAAAAUCUAAAAGAUCAAAAGAUGAAGAUCAAGACGUUGAAGCGAGUCCUGAAAUAAAUGUAGAUGCUCCUAAACCUAAAAAGAAGAAGAAAAAAGAAAAUGUAGAAGAUGAUUUACCUGAAACUGAGAACACAAACUCUGCUGAUGGUGAAGUUCCUUCUGAAAGUACAACUAAGAAGAAAAGUAAAAAGAAAAAGAAUAAAGAUAUGGAACUAGAUUAAGAGGUGAUGACAAUAUUGUGAUUUUAAUAUAAUAAAUAAUGUACAUAUUUGUUUAA